AUCUACAAAGAAUAGGGCAAGAGAUGGAAGUAGUAAGAGGACACUAGAAAGAAAUGGAUGUACAAAAUGAAAACAGCAGAUUUGAAAACAAAGAAAAUGUUUUAUGUAACAGGAACAUUUUAACCUUUUUGUUUAAACAUAUGUCUGAUCUUUCUUGCUACCAGAGGAAGACUUACAAAUUCCUUCAGAAAAUUGGAUCAAAUAUGGUAUGAUUCUGAAGAAUAAUUGCACAAUAAAUUGCACUCUUUUGCUUAACAGAUAUGUUCAGUGUAUAUUCACUGUUAGGAAAAUUUUUUGGUUAUUGAAAACAUUAAGUCUUAUCAAACCAAUACAGCAAAAGCAGAAUGAAAUAAACUCUAUUCCAUUUUUGUACACUAUCAGCUCAGUUAGGUUGCUCACGCAAAGCCCAAGUACCACCAUAUAGAUACAUCAUUUAGUUCAUCAUUUAGCAUCUAUUAGGUCUUCAAUAAUUGCACUACCUCUGAGCAUCCAGCUAAGCAAAGAGCUGGAACAGCUGAAGAACAGAGAUAAGCAGUGCCAAAGUGAAGUUCAGAUCAAGAGUUCUUCUUCCUAAAUUAGUCAGUAGCUUGAUGAGGUUAACCCUAAGGAGAGUUUUAGAAGAGGAAAAUGACAAAAUCAAGCUUAACGUGCUAGCAAAUUUUUCUAGCCAGGCAGCUUCCAGUGUACAUCGGUGCAUGGGGUUGUUUUUCCACAGGUAAAGGACUUCUCACUUCCCUUGUUGAGCUUCUAAAAGUUCCUGCCCCUCCAAAUCUCCAGCCUGUCCUCGCUGGCAGCACAACCCCACAGUGUCUUAGCCGCUCCUCCCAGUUUAUAUCAUCAGCAGAACUUGCUGAGAGUGCAGCAAGUAGUGUUUAUUUAAGCAGUGACAUCUCAUCAUUUUUGCUUUUCAAGUUAAAACAUCAUCAAUGACUUUCAUGGUGUCCUUUCAGCAUUACAAAAUUGGAUUCUUGGAUCUGUAAUGCCACAGAUUAUUUUUUUUGAGUUCUGAACAAGAGGUAUGUCUGUGUCCAGCUGUUUGUCCUCAAGCUCCACUUGGCUCUCUUUAUAUGUGACAAACAUGGCUGAUUUCUGGGGAAUGAGCUUCUUCCUCAGCCUGGAGGAUGACGAUAUCUUCUACCCCAUCCUCCGGAUCAUGCUGAACAUAGCAUUAUUUGCAUUCAUGACGGCCUUGUGGAACUGGAAGGUAGGAGUCAGGGCUGGUGCUGAGCCAGGCGCUGCAACACAGGGAGGGGGGUCGGAGGGGUCAGGGCCAUCCGCAGGGCUGGGCUGGGCCCUGCCUGGGAGGAGAGGCCGUGUCCCAGCGGGGCUGGCCAGGCUCGGCCGGGAGUCCCGACGCAGGCGCGGGGCUGGGCCUGGCUGUGCCCUGGGUUGGUGGGUGCCGCUGAGGCUGCUGGGGAUGCUCCCCUCUCACUUGCUGCUUUCUGUGCCCAUACAGGAAGAGAGACAGAGGAAGUGCCAACACGGAGGUAACCGGGAAGAUUCUAGAGGUGCUCCACAUCCACUCUCUCCGUCUCCUUUGCCAACGGUUUCGGACUUCCACUCGUCUUCACAGCACGCGAGGAUGCAUACGCACAUUUGUGAGCAACUGUUUUCAAGGAUGAAGUACAAGAAGAGUAAGAUUUCAUCAAAAAUCGCUGAUAAGCACCAUGAGAGCUCACUGAGAACUGCACCCACUGCCAUCAAACCAGAGUGAUGCGUCAGUUUCACUAAAACAAGGUCACAUAUCCCACUAGUUACAUGGUUUUGUUGCUCUUUUUAAAAAUGCUUUAAUAAAAAACGUUUUAAAUCUUUUUCAUCAUGUUUUCACCACUGACUUGGAUAUAGGAUCUGAAGGUGUACUGUGCAAGUUUGUAGAUGACACUAAAUUGGGAGGAGCUGUUGAUGUCCUCAAGGGCAGACAGACCUUGACAACAGACUCUUGGAGCCUCCAGCCCCUGCUCUUUCUGCCCUCUUCCCUCUUCUCCUUACACGGGUCCAGGGGGGCACAGACCCAGCAAACAAAUCUCAGCCUAAAUUUUUUCACUGAGGAAGGAGACAGGGUGAGGACAUGGCCUCAGCAAGUGGCCAUGAAAGCUGGCUGAGGAUUCCCAUGUUCAGUCCCCAUUUACAGGGACUUCAAUUCCUGAAACACCAGCGAACUGCUCAACCUUGUUAGCAAGGUCAGUUAUCCCUGGCAUAGUCAACAAGCAGCUUGAGUCUUAAGGAGUCUUGCUUGUCUGUAUGAAAGAGGCUUUGUUGGUUGCUGACUUGCAGUGGGCCAUGUGAUAUGGGCCUGGAGCAAACCAGUAAAUUCAGAAGCCAAGCUAAUGUAUGAAGAGAGAAUUUUCUCUUGAGAAGGUAAGGGUGGGGCAGAGGACAUGGUAAUUACACGCUCUUCAUGAGCCCUGCUUUUCUUUCUUUGCCCAAAGCAACUUUAGAGAAAGCGUUCCUAUUUGUGUAUCUCGCAUCAGCUCUGCCCUCCCCCCACACAAGGAAAAUUCCCAUUAAGAAGAUCUGUUUUUCUUCGAAGGAAAUUCAGCAGCAACGGGGGAUAACAUAAUCCAUGGUUGGUUAAUAAAAAUCUGGGAUCCUCUGCUGGAAGCCCUGGAGCACAGACUGCUGUACUCGUAGCAGGGACAAGUGCUUGAUGCACAGAAUGGCCACGCCAAGUCACAAGCUCCUG